GGCCGGGAGCGCGGCGGGGCCGUGAGGGCCGGGGGGACGCGGGGCCAUGGACGAGCCCGAGCCCAGCGAGCGCAGCCCUUUGCUGAGCAGCGGCGAGCGCGCCCGGGCGGCCAACAGCGCCUUCCAGGGCCGGCGGCUGGCCUGCGCCGCCGUGCUGCUGGCCGAGCUGCUGGAGCGGGUGGCCUUCUACGGCAUCACCUCCAACCUGGUGCUGUUCCUCAACGGGCCGCCCUAUGGCUGGGAGGGGGCCCAGGCCAGCCAGGCGCUGCUGCUCUUCAUGGGCAUCACCUACCUGGUGUCGCCGUUCGGGGGCUGGCUGGCUGACGCCCUGCUGGGCAAGUUCGGCACCAUCCUGCUCAGCAUGGCGCUCUACCUGCUGGGCAUGCUGGCCUUCCCCGUCAUCGCCGCGCCGCACACCCGCCAGGGCCUGUGCGGGGACAUCCCCCUGUUCCCCGUGGAGAACUGCUCCUCGCCGGCGGCCAACGCCACCCUGGCGCCCUGCUCCCAGGCGGGAGCCACCCGCUACUGUGCCACCGCCACCUUCGUGGGACUGGUCCUCGUGGGGCUGGGCGUCGGCUCGGUCAAGGCCAACAUCACCCCGUUCGGGGCAGACCAGGUCAAAGACCGAGGCCCAGAAGCCACAAGGAGAUUUUUUAAUUGGUUUUAUUGGAGCAUUAAUUUGGGAGCUCUUCUGUCUCUGGGAGGCAUUGCCUACAUUCAGCAGAACGUGAGCUUUGUGAUCGGAUACAGCAUCCCAACGGUUUGCAUUGGGAUUUCAUUCAUGGUUUUCUUAUGUGGGCAGAGCUUCUUCAUCACCAAACCUCCUGAUGGUAGUGCCUUCACAGACAUGUUCAAAAUCCUCACAUAUUCUUGUUGCUCCAAGAAGAGCCACGUGGAACAUUCAGCCAACAGUGAAGGCCAGGGAGUGCUUCAGCAGCCUCGCAAGCAAAGCCUCUUUGAGAUGGCCAAGCUGUCUCGGGGAGGGCCCUUCAGAGAAGAUAAAGUAGAAGAUGUAAAAGCUCUUGUCAAGAUUAUCCCUGUCUUUCUGGCCUUAAUACCAUACUGGACAGUGUAUUUUCAAAUGCAGACAACGUACGUAUUGCAAAGUCUCCAUCUGAAAAUUCCUGAGAUACCAAAUGACACCAACUCUAUCCACACGUUUCCAGCAGCCUGGCUGACCAUGUUUGAUGCAGUGCUUAUCCUGAUCCURAUACCCUUAAAAGAUAAACUGGUGGACCCCAUUUUGAAGAGGAAUGGCCUUCUCCCAUCCUCRCUCAAGAGGAUUGCAGUUGGAAUGUUCUUCGUGAUGUGCUCUGCCUUUGCUGCAGGAAUUCUGGAAAGCAACAGGCUGAAAAUUGUAAAGGUGAAAACCAUUAACCAGACAAUUGGGAAUGUCACAUACCACGCUGCAGAUUUGCCAAUAUGGUGGCAGRUUCCUCAGUAUGUGCUGAUUGGAUUCAGUGAAAUAUUUGCAAGUAUAGCAGGUCUGGAAUUUGCAUAUUCAGCUGCUCCCAAAUCUAUGCAGAGUGCUAUCAUGGGACUGUUCUUUUUCUUUUCGGGCAUUGGAUCAUUUGUUGGCUCUGGACUGUUGGCACUGGUGUCUAUUAAGGAAAUUGGCUGGAUGAGCAAUCACACAGACUUUGGCAAUAUUAACGGCUGCCAAUUAAACUAUUACUUCUUUUUGCUGGCUGCUAUCCAAGGAGCAACCCUCUUGCUUUUCCUGAUUGUUUCUGUGAAAUACGACCACCACAAGUCGAAGGUGCACGAAGUGGCUGCCAACGGGAGGCUCUGAGCUGGGGCAUUGUCAGAGUGUGCAGCAGCACCCAGGGCAGUGGCAGUGCUCCCCAAAGCUCUCCUGCUCCUCCAGGGGGGCUCUCCCAGCCCUGCCUGGGGCAGGAUCCUCUCUGCUGCUGCCCUGCUUCAUGGGGGUAAGUGCCUUAUGCUGCUGGGGCUGGUUCUUGCACUAGGGCCUGGCAGAGCCAGCAGAGCUUGGAGUGAAUUCACUGCAGGAAUUGGAGCUGCUCUUUGUUCGUGGGGAGGUGGUGGCUUCACUCCCAAAAACUGGGACACUCACAGUGGAGGAGGAGUCCCACAGACCCAAACUGAGGAAUGGAUCACAGAAACACUCAGCAGCAGCCCCAGCCUGCCUCGAGGACACUGCASAGAAACGUGGCACAGGAACCUCAACCAUGCUGGCAUUGUCAGUACCAAGGGUCAUUUCAGGGGGAAAAACAGGGACAAAUUCAAAUUAGCACAGAUGAAAAUGGAAUAUAAUUUGAUCAUUGACCUGUAUCAAGGAUUUAAGUCCAAUCUUGCAGUCGAGUAUCCAACACUGAGGACUGACCCCUCUAUCCCUUGUCAGGCAGCUGCUGCAGGCUUUGGUGCACCAUGAACACUUGUUGGGACUGAAAUUGCUUUACUKCAGCAGUGUUUUUAUUUUUGAACCUGCAUUAGAUGUGUUAGGACAAGCUUUGGGCACGGCCUGUUSAGUCUAACGCUGGUACUCCCCUGAGGACUGUUCCAAAUCCCUGCAGGAAGCAAAGUGAGCUGGAAUUGUGAGCAGAUCAAUGCACAAUAACCAUUCAGCAGCCUUUAGCCACGUCCUUCCUUGUUUUACCUCUCCUUAACGUGCUCCUGGGUUUGGAUCUUCCAGCAACACAUUCCUCCAGCAGAGCAAAUGGCUUCGUGUGCAGCCUCUUGAAUUUAAUGAUUCUAACAACCAUACUAAAGAUUGUGUGCAGACUGGUGUGGAGGGUGCAAAGAAUUAUGCAGAAAGGAAAUAAAACCUUUUUAUUAAUUUGUUGAAUUUUUAUAGUUUCCUUUGCCCGCAGUUCUGUUGUUUAAAAKGUCCUUAUUUUGUACAUGGACAUCUUUUUAAUGAGUUUACAAAAUAAAAUGACCCUCCAUGCUGUGA